GGUUGACACGGUGAGAUACCAAGGCCUGCAGUCUUACCGCCCCCUCUUGUACAGGAUGACAGCCCCAACCAAGAUCACCGGCCUGACGAUCGAAGAUUUGAGGUUUCCUACUUCACUGCAGAAAGAUGGAUCCGAUGCUAUGCACAAGUCGCCAGAUUAUUCCUGUCCCUACGUCAUUCUGUCCACCGACACAGAUCUACGGGGAUGUGGUACGACCUUCACCCUGGGCAAGGGCAAUGCCAUAGUUUGUAUGGCCAUUGAAAAUUACAAAAGCUUGGUUGUUGGACAAAACCUGCAGGAUAUCUUCAAAGAUUUCAGUGGAUUCUGGCGUUCAUUGGCUAGUGAGGAUCAAAUCAGAUGGCUGGGACCAGAGAAAGGUGUCACUCAUUUGGCUGUGGCUGCAAUCAUUAAUGCCGUCUGGGACCUAUGGGCCAAAAUGGAAGGCAAGCCACUGUGGAAGCUGUUGGUAGACAUGUCCCCAGAGCAGUUGGUGUCCACCAUUGAUUUCAGACAUAUGGGGGACACUCUCACAAAAGAAGAAGCUCUCGAAAUAUUGAAGAAAGGUCAGGUUGGGAAAGCAGAGAGAGAGGCUGAGGUAGUUGCUAACGGUUACCCAGCCUACACCACCUCAUGUGGAUGGCUAGGAUAUUCAGAUGAAAAAAUCAAAAGGCUGGCAACAGAAGCCCUAGGCCAAGGCAUGUGUAGAUUCAAGAUGAAGGUUGGAGGAGAUGUCAAGGACGAUGCCAGGAGAGCAAAAAUGUUCCGUGAAAUAAUAGGAUACGACCGACCACUGAUGAUGGACGCUAACCAGAAGUGGGAGGUUGAUGAGGCUAUUGACUGGAUGAAACAGUUGGCAGAGUACAAACCCUUGUGGAUAGAGGAACCAACUAACCCAGACGACAUCUUGGGACAUGCAGCCAUCGCUGAGGCACUAAACCCCCUGGGGAUCGGAGUGGCCACUGGAGAACACUGUCAGAACAGGAUCAUGUUUAAGCAGUUUCUGAAGGCCAAGGCCAUGCAGUAUUGCCAGAUUGAUGCUACUAGGGUUGGUGGAGUUAACGAAAAUCUUGCCAUUAUCCUGUUGGCUGCUAAAUUUGGAGUACCUGUUUGUCCCCACGCUGGAGGUGUCGCCCUCUGUGAACUAGUACAACAUUAUUCCAUCUUUGAUUAUAUAUGUGCCUCAGGAACCAUGGAAAAUAGGAUGAUUGAAUUUGCUGACCAUCUCCAUGAGCAUAUGAGUGAACCUGUGGUCAUCAAGAAUGGUAGCUACCAGGUUCCCAAGUGUCCAGGUUUUGUGGUUGGAAUAACAGACAAGGCACGUGAAGACUACAUAUACCCAGAGGGAAAGGAAUGGCAGAGACUUUUUAGUGAAGGACUCUUUACCAAGCCAUAGUGGUUGAUGUGGUCAGACUGUCAUAUCACAAGUUGUCAAUGGUGCUUUUCAUUGAAGGCAUUCUACACCAGACAAAAUAUUCAGGGAAUAUACAAUGUACAGGAUCAAGAUAAUCCUAUAUAAUUAGCUGUUACUUCAAUAUAAAGCAAAACUUUUAACUGAUUAUAAACAUACAGGGUUUACUUUGUGAUUCGUAUACAUCAAAAAUCUAAUAAAAUCUUAACAUGAGCUGUAAAUAUUGAUUGAUGUGAAAAUUACAGCAGAAUAUUCCUAUUAUUGGAAGAAAUAAUUUUAUAUAAUUCGUGUCCAUUUGCUCCGAUCUUGUUGCUAUACUUAACGAGUAAGUCUCCUUUACCAUAUUUUACCUAAUAAGCACAUUGUACUCAAAAACACAAAAAGGUGAGCUUAAUUAAACCAUGUACAUGUACAUGGAAAAAAAUUCCAUGUUAAAGAUGGGUGGAAAAAAUAACUAUUUUUCAUUAACAUACCUUUACGUAGUAAAAAUAAAAGAGUCUUUGGUUAUGAAGACUGCAGGUAAUAUUGGUAGAUCAGUGAGGUAAGAAGAUUAGUUUUAAUUAGCACACACAUUCUGUUUUUUUGCAGGUUCACUUAUUAGGUUGAAUAUGUUAAUUGUUUUAGAUUACAGCAAAUAGUAAUCCUUGUGUUUUUGAGGCCAUUUGUUGUGUUCCGAGUGUUCUUGCAUUUAAUGACUGGGGGGUUGGGGAGGAAUUUACUCUUAAGAUGGAGUAUAUAUGUACAUAGCACAUUUUGUUGUAGCAGAUCUCUAGUUUGUCUAUUAUCAUCAUUGUUGAUUUUGUUGAUUUUGUUGAUUUUGAGUUGUUGUUAUUUAAAGAGCAAUAUGAAUUGUUUGUAUAUGUAUUUAUAUCCAGAAAUAAAUUGUUAUAAUAAU